AUGGUCAGUACAGUAACACCAAAAAUUAUCGUAGACACAGACGGCCAGCUUCUCAACGCACUUCGAGAAGGGUCCGAAACGUUGCAGAAUGUGACAGACCAAUUUGCGCCUUUGAUGAAAAGGUUUCGUAUAUACUUCUUCUGGGAACAAGAGAAGACCACGAUAUCUCUUAGCAAAGCUUAUAUUGUCGACGCGAGUUCCGCCGCACCCAUUCUUGACAACACGGAACGCUCUGGCAUAGCUGCCGAUCAUUCUCACAUGUGCAAGUUUGAGAACAGUGAUGCACCCGGAUACCGUAUCGUCGUAGCGGCAUUGAUGAGGUAUGCGCGGGAGAGUCCGGCGCUUGUCGAAAGCCGGUGGUCUCAAGCAAAAGAAAUGCUGAGGACGCAGCGUUCUGCUGAGGCUACCGAAUUGACGCGUGGGUUCUAA